AUGAACACUGUUAAAUCAUUCUGGGUUGGAUGGGGCUCUCUAUGUGUCGCCGGUGGAGGCGCAUACUACUUCGCAAAACAAUCGAUCAACGCAGAUAGAGCUGCGCGAUUUGAGGCAGAUCAAAAACGCAAGAGACAGCAAGAGGCCCUAGAAUACGAUGCCAUAACGGGUGGUUACGGAGGGUCGGGAAGCAAUGGUGGUCCAGCAAAAUCAGACACUGCUGGUUCACCAAGUCAGGAAGUAUCGACAACUGAGCCUGCGCCGACACGCCAUGCACCAGAGAGCGAGGGACAGCGUCUUGCCAUAGCGAAAGCCUCAUUUUCUGCAAGUCUCCUUCGACGCGAUCCAACGCCAGUAUCCAGAGAAGCUAUCGCAGAAUUUCAUAGCCAUCUGAACAACGUCAUACUGCAAUGCUCGUCAAUAAACGUCCAGAAAUGCAAGCAAUGGAUAUUGGAGCAUAUUGUACAAUCCACAGCAAGAUUUACGGCGCUGGGAAAAUAUUUAACAAUAUUUGCGACAUCAUUCACCAAACCUUCAAUCGGCGAACCUUCAAUCAAGCGCAAGCGCAUGCAUAUACUCUACCUUCUUAACGACAUUCUCUACCAUUGCAAAUACCGAACCAACGAUGCAUCUGUUUGUGGCAAGAUUCAGCCUGUAUUGGUCAAUUUACUGGGAAGCACUGCGUCAUUCAAAGCUUGUCCAAAGCAUCAGCGAAAGAUUUUAGAUCUACUUGAUAUAUGGGAAGAUAAAGGAUAUUAUUCCAACGAAUAUAUCGGAAAGCUCCGCGAAGCGGUAAAUAUUGCUUCAGAGGUCGGACAAUAUACAGAAGAAUCGAUUGGAUCGGCAAUGAAUGGAGAGCAAGGACUUGCGCCAAAGAUAGCCAAGAUCGCACCGUUUAUUAUGCCAGCUAUGCAUGGAGAUGCAUCCAUGCCUUGGUUCGACUUACCUGCUGGGAAUUUGAUGCCACAUAUCAUUCCAAAUUCAACCAGGCCGAUAAAUCCAGAAAUGAUUAAACCACUGCAGUUUGUUGCUGGACCUGCGGACGACGAACUCGUUACUGCCGUUAAAGCUCUCUUGGAUGAUGUCCAAACUAUUUUUGGUGCGGAACCUGGCCAAGAUGAAAGAAAUGUGUCUGAUGUGGACGAACUUGGUCAGCCAAUUAUUCUGGAUGAAAGUACUGGCGAAUUGAUUGAUGGGGAGGGUUAUUAUGGAUGGUCAAGAGUAUUCUGUGAAAAGAUGAAGAGGCGGCGCAAGGGACUCGACCAACCUAUGAGUGAGCGCGACCAACACAGUCAAAGUAGGAGCUUGAGUCCGCAGAGAAAAAGGCGUCACAGUGAUUCAGAGGGAUCUGAAACAAGCUCUCCAGAGAGGAGUCGCCGGCGACGACGCUCAUACACCUCUUCGCGCUCACCAUCACCUGACUACGAAAGAGGUGCCAAGCAUAAUGAAUACUCUAGGUCACCUUCAAGGGGCAGGCAACAAACUUACAGUGCAUCGGGCGAUAACGAGAAGAAUCACUCUUCGGGUGGCUCUCCCAAUCGACUCACAGGAAACGAAAAUCCACUAAUGCCUGAGACCUUUCAUAUGGCCGCCCCGGUACCUGCCCAACAGAGCGUCUUCCUCUCAAAUCAGACAUACACAAACCCACCAAUGCCGUAUCAGCCAUACCAGUCAUACCAGCCAUACCAGCAAGACUUCAAUCAAGGGUAUCCCCUUAAUCCGACUCAACAUCAAAGUUCAAUGCAGUGGCCACCACCUCCUCCUUCAGGGCCUCCUCCGGGACCUCCAUCAUACCCAAACAUGCAUUUCAACACUACUAAUUCACAAUGGCCGCCACCACCUCCACCCAACAACCAUUCUCUAAAUUUUCAACAACCUCCGGGAGGUUAUCCUACUGGGCCGAUGGGUUGGCAACCACCGGCACAAGGAGGUCAAGGAGGGAGAGGCCACAACAAAGGAUGGAACGAUUCCUAUGGUGGACAGGGCAGGGGCGGUAGAGGAAACUAUAGGGGAAGAGGUUGGUCAUGA